AUUCGUAGCCGAUAUAAGAAAGGAUAAUGAAUGGUCAAAAUCAGCAUAUACCGUUCAACAAUCAAAUGAUUCAAUCAACUAUUCAUCAUCAUCCUCCUGUGAUGUCAAAUCAUGUCUACAAUGGAAAUAUUCAGCAAAAUAUAAUUCCAAGCAAUUUCAUUGGGAACCAGAAUCAAUUAUAUGCACCUUAUAAUCAUAUUAUUAAUGGCCAACGACAUGUUUAUGCUCCCGUCAAUCAUUCAAUGGAGAAUUCAUGGAAGAAUAAUCAGCCAAGAUUCAUUCCUCCCGAAAUGAACAGAAAUGUGAUUUACAAUCCGCAAUCAAAUUAUUAUAUAAAUCAAUAUCAAAAUUCACCCAAUCGAGUAACUGAGACUCCCUUACCGUUGCCAAUCGAAUGUACUCUUGGACCCGAAACACCGUCACCGAGUCUUCCUUCAACAUCGCCUCCAAUAGACGAAAAGCCUUUUGACACUGGUGAACUUAUGAGGAUGACUUUUAUUGAUGAAAUGAAUCAUGAAGCUCCUUCAACAAGAAAACAAAGCACAGAUUCAGUGAAUUCAGGAUCUAGAAGAACUCGAAGAACAAAAGCUCAAAUUGCUGCUGAUCGUAAUGAUCAAAUUACGAAAGAUUCAAUUCGUUGUCGAGUAUAUCUUGAAAAACUAUUGGUAAACAAAGGAUUAAAGUCGAUGAGAAUUUUCCGUGGAGAAAAUGGAAAAUAUUUCUACAGUUCAAAUCGUCUGCCGCGUGUUCAUAGAAUGAAGAAAGUUCCAAAAGCUUUCCUUGAGAUUGUCAACAUUGGAUACAUGAGAACACAACAUGGAAUCAUACAAUCGUGUCUACAUGUUUGUCGUUUUAAGACUUAUGAUUACAAAAUAUUUCAUGAACAUUUGCAAAAGCAUGAAAUGUCAAAUGAGGCUUUGAAGGAAGGAAGUUGUAAUGUUUGCAAGCAAUCAUUUCCUGAACAUUCGUUGAUGGCUGAAUAUAAGCAUAUGCUUGUUACUCAUAUCAUGCCACUAUUGCGAAAUAAGAAGGAUGUUCAAGAAAUUCUUUACUCCAAAAUUAAAGGAGAUCUUUCUUCAGAAGAUGAUGAAGAAUCAGAAGAAGAGGAAGAAUCAAAUUCUUUAGAUGCAUUACCUCAGAAUGCAUUUGAAGCUUUGCUUGCUAUCUCAGGAGCACUUGAUGAUGAUGAUGACGAAGAUUUUCAAAAGAGUCAUGAUUCAAAUGAUCCCGAAUUUGAUCCAAAUGAAAUAAAUGACACAGAUGACGAUGUUUCAAACUUUGAUGAUGAAGAAGCUGAAUUGAGUGAUAAAGAAGAACCUGAAUUGACUGAUAAAGAAGAAACUUCAUCUGAUGAUGAUAAACUUGAUGAUCAACCCUUGAGUAAGAGAUCAAGAAUGAAUGAUAAAAUGAGAAAAGAAAAUAAGAAAAGUAAACGUUCAAAAUCUAAAUCGAAAAAGCUUCGCAAAAAAUCAGAAACAAAGCCUGUAAUAUUGCCAAAGAAAAGACGACGAAUCUUAUCUGAUUCAUCUGAAGGAAGUGCUUCAAAUCAAACUGAGGAUAGCAAUAGUAAAAAAUCAGUUCCUAAAAUUACGAUUAAAAAUUUGCAAUCCAACAAUUCAAAGAAAAUCGUCGUAAAUUCUCAUGAAAAACCAAAAAAGCGUUCAUCGAGUGAUUCCAAAUCAAAUUCUGAUGAAAAAAAAGAAGACGAUACAAUCCAAGAGAUGGCGCUGCAAUCUGUAAAGAGGAAAUUGGAAGAUAAACAAAAUAACAACAAAACUGAAUGUUUAUCAUUACAAAAGCUAGACAAAACGAUCUCAAAUCUAUCAGUAGAAUCAAAAGAUGCUGAUUUUUUCGAAAGCAUUCCAACACCUCUCGCUGAGAAAAUCAAAAACCAGAAAUUUUCGGAGAAGAGUCAAGAUAUCCAAACGAAACAAAAGAUUUCUCAGCUACCUGAUACUUUACGUUCAAUGAAAACUUCAUUCACUAACAAGAGUGAUGAAAAUUAUGAAAAAGAUAUUUUAAAAUCUCCAAAGAAGAGUAAACGUGAUGACCAUCAGGAUCCUUGUUGUUCUAAAAGCUUGGAUAAGAUGACUGAUGAAGAAUCGCUUUUCAAACCAUUGAAAGAAAAGAAAACUAAUGGUCAGAUUCCAACUGCCAAAAAAAGUCGAAAUAAUAAGAAAAAAACAGCAAAUUUACGAAGCUGUGCAUUGGAAACUUCACAGAAAGUCGGAAUUGUGGUUUAUAAAGAUUCUGUCGAAGAUACAAAGGAAGAUUCAAAUUCAGCAGAAAGUUUAAAUUUGGAUGAAUUUUUUAACAAAGAUCUAGACAUGCUUGAGAUUCCGAAAUGUUUUGUUAAUUUAGAAAAAGAAGAAGUUCCUGAUAAAAAUAAGCACGAAACGAUUUUAUUGGAUGGAUCUGAUGAGAGACUAAGUCUCAUUCCAGUGUCAGAUGCAAUAAUUCAGGAACCUAAAAGAAAACUCAAAAAACUUUGUGAUUUAUAUCCGUGGGUUGAUGAUAACGUUAGCAAGAAAUGGAAAAAACUUAAAAAAACCAAAGAAUCUCUACUUAAAAAUGAAUGCAUGUAUUCAGUUUACAAAUGCAUGAGCCAAUGCUGUUCUUACUUCACAAUUGAUUUUCAAGCAUUCAAAAAACAUUUAACGACUCAUGUGAAAGACGACAAAUAUUUUCUCUGCAGUUCAUGCCUUCAUGAUGAGAAAAAUCCUGCAGACUUAAUCGAACACAUAGAAACAUUUCAUAAGUUUGAUUGUUUCCAAUGCAACAAAUGCAUGUACCGAUCAUCUGAAGUUCUUUACGUUGUCAUUCAUCAAAAGAAAUUUCAUGGCAUUAAUCAGAAAAAAAAAGACACCGAAAACAGUUUAGUUAUCAUUAAUGGUUAUGGAGCUACGAUGGACAAACACAAGACAGAGAAGAAUGCAGCAUUAGGAAAACUCUCUAAAAAAAUCGAGAAAUUGAUGAAAGCUUUUAAAUGCAAAUUUUGCACAAAAUCUUUUUAUACUCACGAGCUGUUGAUCAAACAUUUGAUGGAUGAAAGUUCGGAACAGAAAGAUAAAUCUGAAGAAAUUAAUCUUGAGAUUGAAGGAAUUAAGAAAAGCAUCUCUCAGGAAAUGUCAGAAUAUGGAACGUAUCAAUGUUUAUACUGUAGUGAUGCUUUUGAGAAAAAAGAUAAUAUCAGGGAACAUCUUUCAGAAAUUCACCCUCAAAAAUUCUUCUAUGCUGGUGAAAGAAUGAAAAGCAAUUCAGAUUCAUCUUCAAAACCUAUUCAAGUAAUUUCAGUGCUAGAACCGGGGGAAUUAAACCACUGUAAGGUAGAAAAGUGGAGAAAAGAUUUAAAACUCUUAACAAAUGAUGAAUUUGAAGAUAUCAAACCAAUUUCAACUCUCAAGAUUGAAAAUUGCUACACAAUUUCUUCCAACUUAAAAAAGAGUUAAAUAUUCUUGAGAUUGUUAAAUAUUUGUAAUUAAAACAUUUUAAAUAAUCUUCUUUAUCCCAAAUGAUCAAAAGAAGCGAUCGAAGAUCUCUGUUAAAAUCAAAGAAAUUUCUUGUGUUUAAAAUCUUUCGUACGAAAUUUUAAUGCAUUGACUUUCAUGACAAAUUUUGUUAGAUAAGUAAAAAGUAAUUUUAGAUCGUUGUAGAAUUAAAUAUUAAACCCCGCCUUAUUUUAUAAAUAAAAAGACAUUUUUGUUUCAAAGAAAAUCGAAAGAAAAUUUAAAACUUUUUUAUUUAAUAUUUUAAAAAUUGUUUUCAGUUCCAUAAGAAUUGCA